AUGUCUCUCGCUCACGUCGAUGUCCUCUUCUUUGAGGUCUGCGGCACCGUCGUUGAUUGGCAGAGCACCAUCACAUCGGAGCUGAAGUCAACGAUGAAGGGCGCUCCCCAUGAAGACGCCAAAGUGCAAGCGCAGCUACUUAAUCACGACUGGAAUGCGUUCGCGAGAAGAUGGCACGAUGAACGUCGUACGCAGCUCGAAGCAAAUCCCCAACUCGACACAGACCAAGUUUCGCGUAGCAUCCUGGAGUCCUUGAUUGAAUCCACACCACACCUCUCUGAAGCUUGGCGGGACGACUUCGUCCUCACCAACCUGUCCUUCAUCUGGCAUCAACUCCACCCUUACCCAGACUCGCACUCAGGCCUACUCGAGCUGCGACGGCAAUUCAAAGUGGGGACACUCACUCGCGAGGGGAGGGGAGGAAUGGCGCUCAAUGUCAAUCUGGCAAAGUAUGCCGAUUUGAGCUGGGAUUUUGUGCUCGCAACUGAUGUGCUCAAUGAAGGGGAAGGGGACCAGUAUCUGGUGAGAGCGAUGGAAGUGUUGGGGAUUGAUGAUCCCAAGGGACAAGGGGCCAGACGGGCUGCCUUGGUGAGCUCGAGAUUGAGUAUUCUGGAGGGCGCGAAGAGGAGAGGGAUGAGCACAGUGUUUGUGAGGAGAGAGACGGGGGACCCUUUGCCUGAGAAAGAAGGCAGGCCAGCUUAUGUGGACGUGGUAGUCGAUGGGUUGGAGGAGCUGGCUCAGGUUGCCGGUGGGCUGCCUAUGGCCUAG